CCCUCUCCCUGUCCUGUUCUCUCCCUCAGCUUCUCAGCAUCUCUCGGCCAGGUACAGCGUCCCUAUGUUUUACCACCAGUCGUUUCCUUCAUGCCUCGUCGCCUCCCCCCGUAUGACUGGGAAAAAGAGAGAGACGAGAGAAGAGAAAGGGGCGACGAGGGAGGGGGAGAGGCAUUACAGAGCAGAGAUAGCGCGUGGUCUGCAUGCUGAGAGGGAAAGAGACAGAGAAAGGAGUGCAGGAGAGAGGGCUAGCAGAGAAACAAGGUUGUCCUUCGCUGUUUGGUUUGACGAGUGGGAGGGACUCAGGAGAUUUCCCUCCGUAUCCAUCCUAUCCGGGAACCAGCUGUGCGACUGGAUUUCGGGGCCACGUCGAACCUGCUGUGUCUGUAUAUCAGGGAGAUUCAGAGUCAGGGACAUGAGCGUUCAGCGAAGAGGCUCGGCUGAGACUCACGGACGACUGCUGGCUUUAUUGACAGGCUGUGCCUGACACGCACAGGGGACGCUGGAACUGGCCGCGAGAAGCGCGAUGGUGUCCGGGCGCUCUGACUCCGUCACACGUCUCCGUACUGCUGCCUAGGAUGGCAUCCAGUUUGCUUUUUCUUUCUGAUCCAACGUCAAACUUAAUCUAUGGCGUCAGAAUAGUGCCAAUUCUGUCUUGUCUUGCUAUGACCACAGCCUUUCUCAAUGCAGACGCUCCUGGCAGAACACAUGGCUGGGAAAUGUAUGGGCUGCACUGAACUGCUGCGGGGAUAUUUUAUGAAACCUUGCAGAGUUCUUUUUUCAGCAUGGAAGUAUUCAAAUGCCUGACAUUUUCCUGACACAGUUUCAGUGAAAUGGGAAAAAUUGUGACUUGGAGCGUAUUUUUUUCCUUCUAAUAUGCUUUUUUAAAAUAGAAUACGGGACAUAAGUUCAACCCCAUUGUAGGAGCGGCAACACAACACAAAUAAGGUCAAGUGAAUAAUUGAAGCCACACCUAUUCAUACAGCUGCUAACCAUAACCAUACUUUUACUAUACAAUCUUUUUUACAUGUUAUGUUUUUGGCUAACACCACCCGGAGCACAACUAGAUUUCAGCAUCUUCUGACGUUUGUGUGCUGAAAACAGUAUUGUUCUACGUUACAAGAAAAUGUAUGGACGAUUACGUGAAGUACUGACAAUGGCUGACUGGAAUCUUAAAUCUAGGAACAGAGAAGAGAGUGACUAGGGUGAAGUGAAGGAAUAGAUUUACUGGAGAGUGAGUAUAGCAGUUCGUUUCUAAUUCCCCUGAGGGAUACUUCAUCUCUGUCUCUUCAGGCUGCCCUCCCCGUCUUAGUUUGCUCUCACAUGCUGUCACAUUCUUUUUAAGGACCAGGAUUUUAAAGCUCGUCAUCGGACGGUAUUAGCUCUUUCCGUAUCUUUCCGUCUAAGGUGUGUCUCCUCAAGUCUGAUCACAUGAGCCGCGCCGACACGCUGCAACAGCGCACCACCUACCUCAUCUCCCUCACCUUGGUCAAGGUAGAGGCUGUGGGAGAACAUGGAGAGGAACCGACCAGCGCUGUCCCCCCGGGGAGGGAGGCCGCCAAGGGUACCCGGGUGGAGGUGGGACCUCUCCGCAGUCCUCGGGAGAACCAGGCAGAUGUCGCUGUCCAAAAGUGUGGAAAAAGUAGUGAACUCAAGGAGGAGGCCAGAUUACCCAGUAGCCCCUUGAGAGACCAACCACCGGUUGUGGGUGUUGCUCCUGGCAUAGAAAGUGGCAAGCUACUAGAGGGAGAAGGUGUUAUUAUCUCCUCCACUGUUGAUAUUGAGAAGGCUGAAACUUUCCUUGGUGGAGAGGAUGGGGACAGAGGCCAGGUGACAACAGUGACUUCACCACAGACCACCUUGACUUCACCGCUGACUGGUCAGCGUCCGGGGUCCCUGCUGAAAGCCCACAACCCAGUGGCCAGCCGCCGGGAACCAGGCGGGGCUGGACGGAGCCCCACAUCAGCCCAGAGCCUGGACCGCAGAGACAGCCGAGCGCAAAACCGUUCCCCCGGUCCGUGUCGGGCCUCCUGGGCUGAGGGUGGCGAGGGUCGGGCCAGAUCUCAGGGCCAGGGAUUAGGGGAUGGGGAUGGCAAUAGAGCAGGGGAGCGAGAGAGCGUGACUGGCGAAGCAAAGGGAAGGAAAGCGAUGGUUGCAAACCGGGACAAUCCCAGGAUGGAAAGACUGAAAAAGGGAUCUGCUUCACUACCCACCCCUGGAUCACUUGCCCCCAAGCCCCCACGCAGGGGUCAAAGCUGCACCCUGGACGACUGUGAUCCCUACAGCCAGGCAGAGGAGCUCAGUGCGGCCCGAGAGGGCAACCAAACACAGCCCUGUCCCCAGAACCAGCAGGGACAGAAGGGCUCAGCUCGAGACCGUAAGAUGCUCAGGUUUAUCAGUGGGAUCUUCACCAAGAGCAGCAGCCCUGUCUCUGUCUCGUCCAACACUUCGUCCACUGCAACUGUACUUCCCCCUGUCUGCAAUAUACAGAGAGAGUCCAGUGAAGAGGAUGCAGCUUGUGCAAACAGUCAAGAGUGGACCCUGAGCCGAUCCAUCCCAGAACUCCGUGUGGGGGUGCUGGGAAGUCUUCGAAGUGGCAGGUCAGCGCUGGUAAAUAGAUACAUUACAGGCAGUUAUCUUCCGCUAGAGAAGAUUGAGGGAGGGAGGUAUAAGAAGGAGAUAUUAGUAGAAGGACAAAGUCAUUUACUACUCAUUAGGGAGGAGGCUGCACAUCCUGAUGCACAGUUCAGCAGCUGGGUGGAUGCUGUGGUCCUCGUGUUCAGUCUGGAGAAUGAAGCCAGCUUCCAGGAGGUGUACCAGCUCUACAGCGAGCUCACAGCUCACCGCAGCGCUGCAGCCGACCUCCCGCUGAUAGUGGUUGGGACACAGGAUAAGAUCAGCAAUUCCAACCCCCGUGUGAUUGAAGACCAGCGUGCCCGGCAGCUGUGCGUCGAUGUACGACACUGUGUGUUUUACGAGACUUGCGCCACCUACGGGCUCAACGUGGACCGGGUCUUUCAGGAGGCUGCCCAGAAGAUUGUCAUACAGAAGAAGCAGUCGGUGCUGCUGGCCUCUUGCAAAUCUCUCCCUAACUCGCCCAGUCACUCUGGGGGCCCCACAUCUGGCUCGGCGUCCUUCCCUGGACAGACCAGUAAUGGAGGACUGAACAGUGGCUACCCCUCCUCCCUGCCCUCCACCCCCGUGAUCAGCCACAGAGAGCUAAGGGCCGGGGCAGGGGAGGGGGGCGGCAGUGUCCCCACCCCCGGGUCCAUGAGAAACGUCCCUCAGCGACGGACUUCUCUGUUUAAGAACCGUCGAGGCAGUGGCAGUGAAAAGACGUCUGACCCUAAAGGCGACGUGGGCAGUGGCCGGGCCAUCGCUGUGAAACAGGGUAUCCUAUGGAAGCGGAGUGGCAGCUCACUGAACAAAGAGUGGAAGAAAAAGUAUGUCACUCUGUCCAACAAUGGCGUCCUGGCGUAUUACUCCAGCUUCAAUGACUACAGGCAAGAUGUCCACGCCAAAGAGAUUGACCUAUUACGUGUCACAGUGAAGGUUCCGGGGAAACGCCCACCAAGGGCUGUGCCCCCUUGUGGACCCUCACCUGGGCUCAACAGUGUGGUCAAAGACUCUCUGCCCACAGAGAAUUCCCUGCUGUUGCCCCCUGGCCUGGUGCCUGUUGAAGAACAGGCUGGUGCUCUGUCUCCCCACGGGGAAACCGGGGUGAGACGCUGUCCCUCAACGCUGUCCAGCAAGUCACACAGCGCUGAUGCUAUUGAAGGACCAACCAGUUCGCCGUUUGGAAAAGACGGCCAGUCCUCUCCGAUGACAGACAGAAAGAAGAAAGCUAGGAAGAAGAGCAUGAACCAGAGAGGUGACGCAGCCAUUGGGCAGGCUGAAGCCAAGCGUAGAAUGUGGAAAUUAAAAAGCUUUGGUAGCCUGAGAAACAUUAACAAGACAGAUGAGGAGAACACUGAUUUCAUCAUCGUUUCGAGCACGGGGCAGACGUGGCACUUUGAGGCCCAGAGUUUGGAGGAGAGAGAUGCCUGGGUGGCAGCCAUUGAGAACCAGAUCCUGGCCAGCCUGCAGUCCUGCGAGAGUCUGAGGAACAAGGCCCGGAGGAGCAGCCAGAGUGAGGCUGUAGCAAUACAGGCCAUCCGCAACGCCAAGGGCAACAACCUCUGUGUGGACUGUGAAGCACCAAACCCCACGUGGGCCAGUCUAAACCUGGGGGCGUUAAUCUGCAUUGAGUGCUCAGGGAUCCACCGCAACCUAGGCACGCACCUUUCCCGUGUUCGCUCCCUGGACCUGGAUGACUGGACUCGGGAGCUCACCCAGGUUCUGACCGCCAUCGGCAACCACCUGGCCAAUAGCAUCUGGGAGAGUAACACUCAGGGCAGACAAAAACCCGCCCCCAAUGCCACACGAGAGGAGAGAGAAUCAUGGAUCCGUGCCAAAUAUGAGCAGAGGGUAUUUGUGGCACCCCUGUCUCCCAAAAGGGGCGCAGGUCCGGGGGACACUUCUAUGCCUGAGCUCCUGCUGUCGGCAGUUACAGAAAGGGACUUGCCCGGACUCCUACUACUUCUGGCCCACAGCAACAAGGACCAAAUGAACACAGCUUUGCCCAGCGGAGGCACCUCCCAGUCACAUCAGCACACUGCCCUGCAUGCUGCCUGUCAGCUGGGGGAUGUGGUCAUGACACAGCUGCUUGUCUGGUACGGAAGUGAUGUUAACGCCAGAGAUCCCCAAGGCCAGACAGCCCUGAGCCUGGCCAGGAAGACCGGAAGCAAGGAGUGUGCUGACAUCCUGUUGCAACAUGGUUGCCCUAAUGAGGCCUCCCCUGUCUCCCCCAUUGGUUCCACACUUGGUCUCCCCCGUAGAUCUAGCACUGCCAGCCUUAGCAGCCUGGGUCGUACCAACUCAAGGAAAAGGGUUUCAUAGCAUUAAGAGGACCUAGUACACACAUAAGGGCUGUUGUAGGAAAAAACAUGACAUUAUCAAAAGCAGGGCGUCGUUAGGCCUGGGCGUCCGGGGCUAUAGCCCCGGAUCUUUUAUGA